GGCCGGAUAUCUCCUUUUCUCAUUUCUCUUCUUCAGUUCACCUCGAGACGCGCUUCGCAGAUCGACACACGCCAAGAGAAGGUUUCGGGGUUCUUUUCCAGAGCCGUGUGUUGGGAUAUAACCGUGAACAAUUGAACUGGGAAUAACAACAAUAGUGUGAUGUGUCUUUUCUAAUGCAGAGGAGAAGUCUUGGCCUCUCAUCGAAUACUAGUCACCAACUUGAAGAAGUGAAAGCACCCGAGGUCGAUAUGAAUUUCACGGAACGUUGACCUCCUCUUCCUUUUUUCAGAAUAAACUGACACAUAAGAGGUGAUUUAAAAUGACGGCGAUGAACAUGUCUGUUACUUAGACAGUCUUGAUAAAUUCCCUAUCCCUUCUCCACUGAGUGUAUUAUCAGCAUGUUGUUCGAAAUCAAGGAGUUACUUGACUGAAAAUAUCCCCGUUUCUUUGAUCCCGCAGUUAGAGACAUGGGUUGGGCCAAACUACGCUUCGUUCCAGCUCGUGCCCUAAAGAAGAUACUAUAUGGAAUUUGCAUCUGGACUUGCCUUUGCUAUCUGGUGUUUCGGAUAACGAACCACAAAGGUGCUGUGACUUACCUGACAGCGCGUGUUAACAGGGGCCUCCUACAAAACGUGCAAUCUGCUCAAAUUGCUGCCAGUGGAGGAGGCGAUGCUCCAACUACUUCUCCCCCUGGAAUCCAAGAUAAUCCUGUAGGAAGUAGAACUCCAGGUAUUCCGCAAAAUUUCCUCGACCUCGAACCCCAAGUUGAUAAUUCUCCUGCUCUUAACGAAAAACAGUUGUUGACGCUACUUGCCAACCACUCAAAUCUUCCUUUAGCUUACUGGUCAGCAAACAAAGUCCGCCCUAUUGGAAAUAAAUCUUGUGUGAAGUUUCCUAAUCUGUAUGAUUUAGAUUUCAAUAACAUAUAUUGGCAAAGAUUGCAAACGUCCAAUGGUACAUUUUACUUGUACGGAGCUUAUUAUGAUAACAGAUGGCGGGCAGGAAGUGUACCUAUAGUGCGAAUUCUGGGCAUGAUAGAUCGCAUAAAACCAAUUCCUACAGUAUGUCAGCUGUGGUUUGAUAAGAAGAAAACCGUUGCUUUUUCUCAAGCCACCUAUACGUAUGCAUGGUACAGCAAAUGGGGGAAUUACAAAAAUGGCAUUCUUCAGCCUUAUGUCAUAUCUUGCAAAGUACCACCUAAAGAAUCUGGUGGCCAAGUACCAACAAGCGUGUCUUUGGUGGAGAACCGAUGUGAUAAACCGACAACAAAUUUAAGAGUCUUGAAUGAAAGACCCAAAAAGAAACAAGAUUUCGCUGUAUGUGUGAAGGGGCUCGACUUUCUGCAUGAAGAUCUAAGUGUAAGAUUAGUUGAAUGGUUAGAAUUAUUGAACAUCUUAGGUGCCAAAAAGAUUUUCUUGUAUGAACUUGAAAUUCAUCCCAACAUCUCAAAAGUGUUAAAUUAUUAUCAAAAAGAGGGCCUUGUGCAGUUAACUCCGUUAACGUUGCCUGGUAACCAGCCCAAUCUGCCUGGUUUCCGCCAUUUGUAUUUAAAAACAAAAUUAACCCAUAAACGCCAGAAUGAACUCAUUCCAUAUAAUGACUGUUUAUAUAGAAACCUUUACUCUUACGAAUAUGUUGUUUUGCUGGAUAUCGAUGAAAUCAUAAUGCCCGUGAAAUACGAUUCGUGGUCAGAAUUAAUGAAAGAAGUCGUACAGCAAGCUCUUAAAGAGAAAAAUUACACGCGUGCCAGCUAUAAUGUUCGAAAUGUGUACUUUUUGGACGAUCUUCAGGAUGGAGACGAUUUACACCACGAAGCCCAUGAGCAAGGCAUUCCAAGAUAUCUUCACAUGUUUCAACAUGUCUAUCGGAGCAAAAACUUUACUAAACCUGGUUCAUACGUCAAGUGUUUCCAUAAUACAGAGAGGGUGGUGUCUCUCCAUAACCACUUUCCUCUCAAUUGCCUGGGCACAUGCACCACCUUUUCUAUUAACACCAGCUUAGCGCAGCUGCAGCAUUAUCGCAAAGACUGUGUGGGAUCUUUGAAGAAUAGUUGCAAAACAGACUUCCGCAUCUACACAGUUAAAGAUACAACAAUUUGGCGGUACAAAGACGAGGCCAUUAAAAGAACAACACGGACACUUAGCAAACUAGGCUUUUUUUCAUAAUUUUUGUUAUGGAUAUUUCUUUGAAGUAUUCAGCAGUCAUGUUACAAAGAAAAUGCCAUCAUGGACAUUGCCUUUUUUGCGAAAAUUUUAAAAGCAUUUCCAAUUUUUUUUCCUUGACUUUUUGAUUGAACACUAUUUUGAAGCAUUUGAAAUGUCAUUAUAUUUUCGUAAUAUUUGUAAAGCGUAUUCUGUUUCAUAGGAGGAGAAAUUAUAAAUAUUUGUUUAAAGAAGCAUGAAAAAUAUUUCCAUAGAUGGAAAGGGAUUAUAUUUACAUACUUGAAUUCGUCAAAUUGGAUAUGCGUAAAGACUUAGAAUUCCUAAUCAGUUUGAAAUCAUCAUCGACAUCACUGUUAUUUAAUUAUUCAAAUUCCCCUUAUGAAUGCUUAAUUACACAAUUUCUGAGUGCAAUUAUCGUUCCAUACUUAAUUAAAUCACUUCAUAUUUAGCAUCGCAGAAUGUUUGGUUGAUCAAUGCACAGCCUUUCGUCACAUAUUUCAAUAGUUAAUGCCAUUCCAAUGAGAAUCGCACUGGGAUGUGUUACUUUAAAUUUCUACUAGUUAACAAAAACUAAAGUACUUUUCUGCGAUUGAAUUCCAGUGAUUGAAUAAAGUAAAAGAAAGUUAUUUCGUAAAAACUGAAUUUCAUUUUUAAAAAACUUGUGUUAUAUCUUGGAAUUUUACUUAUUUUGCAAUGUUUCUGUCGCAUAUCCCUGCAGAAUGUAAACAGACUAUAAAAUCUAUAUUCUAAUAAUAGGGAAUGAAGUUGUUUAUUCCUUACAGAAGUUCCUCUGACAAUGAAAUUCAUUUAUCUUCUCUCUAUGUUGCUGACGACGUUUGUUGAUUGUGAUUUGAUUUCUUGAAUAUCAUAAAGAUACGUUCUUGCAAAAAUAUUCAGUGCUGUGUGCAAAAAAAAAAAAAAAAUAUAUAUAUAUAUAUAUAUAUCUGUAUUCCUGUUAUUGCAUGCUAUUGAGAUAUUUAUUCUGAACUGUGAAACUGACAUAUCAAUCGAUAUAUGUUUCAGCCUUCUUUGCGCUUUGUACAGCUUUGGAAAAUCUUUUAUCUUGAGGACUUGGUGAUGAUUGUGUUAAACUGCUUGUUUCUUAAGGGGGGCUGCAUCUUCAGAGACUCGGAUGAUUGAGAGCGAAGUGAAGAAAUCUGCAUAAAGAUAUUUCUCCAGAUUUAUGUAUUUAGAAGAAUAUAGGUUUCUUCAGAGGUAUUAAUUGAAAUUGUGUUUCUAUCAACUUUAUUAACUUGAAACUCAGUUGAAGGUUUCGAAUGUAUUAUGGGUUAAAAUAAAUUUCAUCAGAACUUUAGAUCCAGUGUAAGUCGCCUCAAAAGAAAGUUAAAAAAGUAGCAAAUAUUAAUUUUAAAUCAUUAACGACUAGUAUUAGAUUAGAAUUUUUAAAUAUCAAUGCCUGAUCCUUCGGCUUUUAAAUAUAUUUAUGCGUGUUUGAAUUCAUAAUGAAUCGGAAUUCUGUUCGAUGUAAUUUUUGUUGAUGCACUCAUGUGUGCGAGGUGGAAAUCAUAUCAGGAAAUGAAAAUACUUGACUAUGGCAGCUCUGUAGAGAUGAGCUUUUAAUGAAUACAGAUUAGUGUAUGUACGAAAGUCAGUUGCUAAAAUAUUUCUAAUAAAGCCCUCUGUGGUAAAAAUUUGGAAGUGAUUUUGAAUCUAACCAGUUAUCAUUUUUCCUGCAAUUCAGUCAUCGUUGUUUAUCGUUAAAUUAUAAAAGUAAAGCGAAAAAAUGAACACAAAUUUAAAAACAAACUUUUUAAAUCGAAAUUUUAAGGAAUUUUUUGUGAUUUUUUUUUUUUUUUUAAGCUAAAAAUUUUCCGAAUCUCUGUGGAAUUGCCCUCUUAUGAAACAACCCGCUCGCUAUUGGGAAUCUGGGGUCUGCUGGUUUAAUUACUCAUUACUUACGGAAAUAUGGACAUGUUCCUGCAGAAAGUGAUUUGUCUUUCAUGUUCAAGAAUCUGCAUGGCGGGACCAUGAAGAAAUUCUUGCUUCACCUGUUUAUGUACUCUAAAGUGUAAUGUUCUGAUUUUUCUCUCUUGUACAAUUUGUGACACAUUAAAAUAUUUCCAAUGAUUCUCAUCUAAUUA